CUCGCCCCCCCCCCCCCAGGCAGGCGCCGCCGCCGCCACCGCUUUCCCUUUCUGUUCUCUCCUGCGCUUGGAAGCGAAAGGAGGGCGCGCGAGCGAGGAGAGGGAUCCGCAGAGAGGGCGCCUAGGAAUCAUGGAAGGAGCCUCCUUUGGAGCCGGCAGGGCAGGCGCGGCGGUGGAUCCCUUGGAGUUCCUCCGGCGGCCUCAGACGAUCCUGAGGCUCAUUUCGGCGGUUUUCUCCAUCGUAGUCUUUGGCUCCAUCAUCAACGAGGGUUACGUCAACGAUGGCAGCACUUCGGUGCUGCGCUGCGUCUACAACGCCAACGAUGACGCCUGCAACUAUGGAAUCGCCAUUGGCCUCAUUGCCUUCUUCGCCUGCAGUUUCUUCUUGAUAGUGGACCUCUACUUCCAGCAGAUCAGCAGCGUGAAGGACAGGAAGCGUGUUGUCCUCUUUGACCUUGGCUUCUCAGGGUUCUGGUCCUUCCUGUGGUUUGUGGGCUUCUGCUUUCUGGCCAACCAGUGGCAGAGGACACCAUGGAGCAAAGAGGCACACUACGCAGGUGAUGCGGCCAGGGCAGCCAUUGCCUUCUCGUUCUUCUCCAUCAUCUCCUGGGUUGCCCUGGCCCUCAAGGCGCUCCAAAGAUACCGGCUGGGAACCGACAUGUCCCUGUUCGCCACGGACCAGUUCCCCACUGACCCCAGCGCAGCUUACCCAGGCUACCCCACCGGCAGCGGCGUGGAGAGCACGGAAACCUACCAGAGCCCCCCGUUCUCGGAGACCCUAGACACCAGUCCAAAGGGCUACCAGGUGCCGGCAUACUGAAGGGCAGGAGGAAGUCCUCUCCCUCCCUCAAGGUUGUAUAGCAAAUGGGAACCCGACCCAGAGAAAUGGGCCAACUUUCCCUUUCAUGGUGCAGUAUAGUCAACUGGUUGGUUGCAAGUGUAUUCUAAAGUACCUUUUCUUUUUUAAAAAACAAACAAAAAAUAUUAAUGUGGCAAGUUAACGUAACUGGGUUCAACUUACUCUUAGCUAAUGGUGCAGUGAAUUCUCUACAGUGGUAUUGGUUCUUGUCUUACCUGUCUGAGGAUAUUUAUUGAAUUUUUUUAUUAAAAAAACAGUGUUCGCUCUAAGCAUGAAACGUUAGGUAGUUGCUACCAACUCCCAUCUUUGUGAGCCGUCCCUGCGAUCUUGGCUCAUUGUGGCAUUUUUUUCUGAAUUCACACACAGAAGCUGGCAGUAGCCCAGCCUGUUAAGAGACGUCCCACUCCUUACACAGAUAAGUAGAUGCUUUAUUUUGUGCUUCCAGGGCUUAAUCCAGAAAAUUGCUCCCACUGUCUUCAUCCUAGGAACCUUCCAGAUCAUCCUCUCCUAUUUCUUUUAUUCCCUUGCUCUAUAGCCCUAGAAAAAAGGUAGUUUUAAAGCAGCCUUCUUGCACCCCCAGUUGUUUUGGAUUCCAACUCUCAUAAUCCCCAGCGGGAGCUGAUGGGAGUUGGGAGUGUGUGUGUCCAAAACAUCUGGAGGGAACCCAGUUGGGGAAGACUGUUUUUAAAAGGAAUGUGCCAAAUUUAAAACCAAAAAUAAUGGUUGUGUUGAUUUCAUUUGUGUGUGUUUGUUAUGUACUUGGCAUAGUUCCUGUGCUAAAUGAGUGGGAAAAGCUUUGUGAUUCUGGUACCACAGGUAGUUUUUUCUUUCUUUUCCAAACUGCUUUGAUGCAAGAAUCAUUUUUGUACACCUUUUACACAAAAAUUAUUGCUCUGGGGUAAGGGUGGGGAAACACUCACACUGUCAGGCCAUCAGCCUUUAAGAGUCUCCUAGCCGUGGGGAAAUGUAGCAUUCAGUAGCUGUUGUCUAAGAAUAGGGCUUGCUAACUGCUAGGGUCCUCAGCAUAUCCUCAUGAGGAGUGUGAUCCAGCCCACCAAUUCUGCCUCUGCCUCAGAGAUGGGGGACACAUUUCAAGCAGCCUGGAAAAAGAUGGAAGCGGAAAGGAAGAAAUAGGUCUGUCGAGGGAAUAGCAGCAGGAGUAGAGGCUUCUUGGGACAGGCCAUUUUCGACAUGGUUGGCCUCAAGAUGGCAUCCAUUAAUUUGGUUUUUUUAAAAAUAAAAAUUACACCGCUCUCAGUAUGCAGCCAUUUUGGCAGCCCCUUCAGUACCAAAAAUUAUCCACGCUACCCCUUUUAAAAUGGUUGUGUCUGGUAGAGGCCAUUUUAUUUUGAACACAAGAGUGGAAUAACGUGCAUCACAGUGUUUGUUGGGAAUAGCUCCAGCCUUAAUUCUGUAAAGAAAGUUUGGGCAAAAAGUUUCACUGUGGCAGACAAGAGAAAACGAAAAGACAGUUGAAAGUCAGAAACCAGAGAGAAAAGGCUAAAUUGCCAUGAAGAUGUAGUAAUGUUUAAGGGUUACAAAGAGAGUAGGCUUAAAUGAAAUUUAAACUAUGAGAAGAUGGGUAAGUGAACUGAAAUAUAAUGAUGCUGCCUUUUAAAGUGAUUUCAGCAGCAAGAUGUAAAUUAUUUUAUAUUAAGGCGGAUCCCGAUAAUCUGCCAUUCUCAUUCAGCUGUAACUCUGGAGAAAUCUCUGAAAUCCCACCAUGAAGAUAGGGCCCCAAUCCAGUAAGAGAGAGCUGCAUGUGCAAGGAAGCUUUCGUGGACCUAUGCCCUUAACAGUUUGAUACACAAUAUUUCCGUGGAGGUGGCCAAAUUGGCUGGAACUAAGAGUGUCCCAUUUCGUCUUUCAGAUUUUACAAUGGAAGGCCAUCAGUCUUGUGGACAAAGACCUAUAUAGGGUUUACACUGAUACAGAGAAUGGUAUUAAUACAGGGUACACAUAGAACUGUAGCAAUAUUUUCCUUAGAGAGAACACUGGCAUUUUAGCAGUAUACAAAAUUGUGUCUAAAUAUUUUUUCGGGGGGAGGGAGGGCCGACAAACCCACACAUACAUACAUACACACACACACACACACACACACACACAAACAGGAAGUCACAAAAGUAUAAUACAUUUAAAUGUUUCUUUAAAUCGAUUGUAUAUGUGAAAUAAAUGUCUGUUCAGUAAAGUGUAUUUUUUCUAACUAUAAAGAAAUUCAUUCAGAGUAUCCUUGUAUUAAUUGUAAAGAGAAAGAAAGAGAUUACGUUCUGUCUGACUAGUAGAACUGCCUUGGUCAGUAGUGUUAAUGUGUUAUAUAUUACAAUUUUGAAUGUAUGAACCUCAAUGCCUACAUCUGCAUUCUCUUCCUUUCCAACCCAUUCUUAACCUCCCCACGAUUAGCACUGCGGUUUAUACAAAGCUGUGUCAUUCAGACAGGACUAAGGACAAGUGCAAGAGACUUUGGGGCCAUUGAUGGAAAAUCCAAAAUACUCCCCCCACCCCGCCUUCUCCUGUAUUUGGGAAGCUCUGGGUAAGAUACAGGCUCAGCAUCACCAUGGAGUCGAUUAUUCAGAAACCUUAAUUCCCAUUGCCCAUUCUAGUCUGGCUGACUUGUAGGACGCCAGGUUGGAGAAGGCCAACGUAAGGCCCUAACCACUGUCAUGCUGGGGCUGAUGAGGGUUGGAGUCUCCAGGGCCACUACUUCCACAACUCUGCUUUAGGUUAAAGACAAAUGCCUACCUUCUAAACCCAGCACAUAGUUAAACUAUAGAACUUCCUUCCAAAGGAGGCAGUGAUGGCCACCCACCAACUUGGAUGGCUUUAAAAAGGAUUGGACAAUUUCAAGGAGGAGAGGGCUAUCACUCGUUACUAGCCACGAUGGCUAAGCUCUGCCUUCAUGGUUGGAGACAGCAAUGCUUCUGAAUGGCCGUUGCUUGAAACUAGGAGGGGAGAGCUGCUGCCGUUGUGCUCAGGUCCUGCUUGCAGGGUUGCCAGAAGAGGCAUCUGGUUGGCUACUGUGAGAAGAGGCUGCAGAGUGCUGGACUAGAUGGGCCAUUGGCCUAAUCCAGCAGGCUCUUCUGAUGUUUGCAUGUUCACCUGCAUACUUUGGAAAAAGGUGUGCAGAAGUCGGCAGGAUUAGUGAAGCUCAGGCUCCACCCGAAACCUGAUUUGGGGUUCUCAGUUUGGAGUGGCAAAGGUACUUGCUGUUUGGUCCAACAGGAAGGACUCUUGAGGGGACUGGCAUUUGGGGCAAAUGUAGAUAAUCUACAAGCUUAUCUUUUGGGGGGAGGAAUAGAUGAGCAGGAAAAUAAUAGAUACCUGGCUAAAGUUAUAUAUUGGCCAGUCAGUCCUUUUUUUAUUGUGUGGGCUAACUAUCCAAGCUGACAAGUAAUAGAUGAAUGAGCUGAUUUCACCUGCUUUUGCCAGGAAAAAUAUUGCUGGCAAGUUGUGGUUCUCCUUUGAAUUCUUUUGCCACUAUAAUAGACGUAUUCUCUCCCCACACCGUGAUUGUAAAAAGGUGUAGCAACUACUUAAAUUUAUCCCCUGAAUGCAAAUGGUGGUUCUCUUGUAACUGUAGCUCUGUCUUCCUCAACCUGGAUGUUUUGGGAUGACACAUUCCAUUUGCACCAACCAGGACAGCCUCUGCUUUAAAGGCAGUGCUAAGGUAGAUGAUGCGAUAGGCAAACCUGUUGAUACCUUGCAGAAGACCAGGUGGCAUGCAUGCAUCUAUCUAUCGCUGGUGCCCAAGGCCAGCACCCAAGUCGUCUUCCUGCCUGGUAUUGUAAAGGGGAAAUAUUUGCCACAAGCCAGUAGAGAAAGCUGUGGGCCCCCUAAAUGGGUGGUGAAAAUGGCAUCCACUUGGUGAAUUGGUUAGCAAGGAUCUGUCAAAUCAAGGUGAGGCUCAAAAACUGCACAUCCAGAAAUAACUUGCUUUGAGAAAAGGCAGGGAGCUGACUAGUUAGGUGUGAUUGGGAUUCGCUAUCCCUGUCUUUCAAAUUAUCAUGCUGAACCUUUGUGUAGGUUUGCCAAGUUAAGUAAACCAGCCAAUGAGACUUUGGCCUGUUGCCACCACUCUGCAAUUAAAGCAAAAAGCCGCUGCCAGAGGCGUUAAAAGCAUUCCCUCCCCGUUUCCAUGUGCUGCUAUCAGCACUCAGCCAAUGUUUUGCGACUCGAGCCAUGUAACAGCGAUUUGUCAGAGGAACUGUGUACACAGAGCUCUAACCAAAAUACAUUCUUGCAGAUUACAUGGUAGAUAAUGAGUAGGAGUUGUUAAGUUGUCCUGCUAGUUCCCCCUGCCCCAUUCGUGCUUUUCUUGAGAUCAGUGCUCAAGUGUUUAAUCUCCCAUCCAUCUUUCUGCCAACAUUCUGGAAGAGACCAUUAACCCAUGGCUUAAAGUGUGUGUGUGAGGGGCACUUUCGCAAAGGUGUGUGGAGCUGGUCAAACCCCACCAGUCCUCGGCACCUGUGCUGCUUUUGUGAUGCUCAUCCAGGCAUUCAAAAUGUGUCAAAAUAACUUUCUGGUGUGCCCAAAGGGGUUGGUUGCAAUUUGGAAAUGCCUGCCUUGCACUGCCAUCGGUGCUGUUCGUGCACAACGGCUCCGAGUAUAGAAAAGCUGCCUCAUCUCAAUGGGACCACAAACUCACAUGACUGGAGUGAAGGUGCCACAGCUUGCUUAUGGCACUCAGGGCAAAUCACAGUUCAGAGUUUACCCUGCAGAGGAAAUUGCCAGUAGCUUCCACCCAGCAGCAGCUAAAAGCCUUGACUAGAGCCAUUGCGACAACCACCUGUUUAAAAAGCAGUCAGCAUUAUUUGUCAAACAAACACCUUGUGGUGAAAGCUGACUUUUGACACCCAGGGUGUGUUUUCAGGGCCCACCCUAUUCCUGUGAACUGCCAUUUCUUUUUAACUGUUGUUAAUAUGGAAUUUUAAAUUGUAACCCAGCACUGCUGGUGAAGCACAGGAAAUACAUUUAAUGACAUGCCAGCCCCACUGCACACAAAGAAAGCAGGCUUUGGAAACGGGUUCUAUGCUUUAUGGCACACGCCUGCUAAGUGCAAUUGGAGGAAGGCAGGCUGAUCUCAUCCUCCUCUGAAAUCCAGAUUCUCAAACCCAGAGCGCUGGUUCUGACUGCUUCAAGCCCAAUAUGCAGUUGCUUCAGGCUAGAAGAGGCCCACAUCAGUCUGCUGAAAGACCGCAAUGUGGUGCUACCCACAGUUGAUGGAUUGACUGAUUGCGUUUAUAGCCUGCCUUUUUCUCCAAGGAGCUUGAGGUGGCAUACAUAGUUCUCCCUCUCCUCAAUUAAUCCCAAGAACCCUGAGAGGUAGGUUAGGUUGAGAGGCACUGCCCAAGGUCGCCCAGUGAACUGAGUAGCUGAGUGGAUUUGAACCUUGGCCUCUCAUGUCUUAGAGUGACAAUCUAACCACUACACCACACUGGCUUUGCAGUCACCUGGUCAAGCAUCCUGCAACCAGCAUGCUGAGAGCAAAAUAAGAGUAACUUGCCCCAAGUGUCUAAUUACGCCAGGAGCAGAAAGUCGUCACGCUUGGUUGUGGCUGUAAAAAAUCAUUCUCACUUCUUCUAAACCAUGCUUGUCGAGAUAAGCGCAGCAACCUCCAUCAUAUUCUUAAGGAAAUGAUCAUGGUGUGGCCUGUGGGGCUGCCAGAAGCCUCUCGCACAGACACCCUUUCCCCUCCCAUCUUCCCACGAGGAAACAACACCAUCACCCAAUCCUCCAAGUGCUACGCAGAAUGGCAAAGACGAUCACUUAAUGUUUGCCAAGUCUUUAUGCUGCAGGAGUAGAAACAGGUUAACUCUCACCAGGCUAACUCCAGCUACCUAUAAGCUCUUUGCUCCUUUCCAUUCCAAUACAGAGCAUCUUUAUGAAAACCCCUUCGCCUCUUUUGACGUCCUGCAAUAUUCAGGCAGGGGAAACUCAUUUUGCUCAAAGGUUCACUCAUUUGCCUUUAAUAGACUGUGUAGAGGCUACCACAGAGACAGAGAGAGAAAGAAAGCCUUUCAGGGUGAGCAAGACCCAAAAAUACAUUUUUAGUACAGAGAGAGAGAAAGAAGCCUCCCUUUCAUUUUGCUGCAAGUAUGCAGUUCGACCUCACAUUGUUUUCAUCGUUUUUAAUAGGAUAUCAAACAUACAGAUACCUCCCUUCAAAAGCAGACUGCUUCAAACACACAACAAAAAGUUGCAGUUGUUAGUGGCCCAACGUACACUGUGGUAGAAAAGUGAACUGUGUGAAGAUAGGGGCUUUCAAUGUUUACAGUUCUAUUUUUGUCUGUAUAUAUAACAAUAGAUAGAUAUAACAUUUUGGAAAGACAAAGCAUCACUCUGUGACUGUGAGUGUGUUAUUUUAAUUGUCUGUAUACCAACUGCAACUUAUUUUUCAAUAAACAUUUAAAAAAUGAACAGCUCGAGACCUCUUGACAUUCUACUGGAUCAAGUGUAAAGGGGGAAGGGAGAGAGAGACCUGUGGGUGACUGAAACUGCUAAAGGAUGCUUAUAAAUAGCUGAUGGAAAUAGUAAGAAUCUAAACCAGGCAGGGUGACACAUGACAGACAUUGGCUUUUUAAAGCCACCAACAGUUGAGAAGUUUUAAGCACAGCAGACCAGCUAGCAAAAUCUAUUGUGAGCUGGAAACUUAUUUCUGAGUCUGAACCAGUUGUAUGUUCAAUUUCAUACUACCGGUAUUUCUGCACUUAAAAUCAUGCAGCUGUUCUUGACAAUUGUCUUCCCCUCUUUUUCUGUUUUAAUUUCACUCUUUCCAAUGGGACUCAGGUGGGAUGCCUGUGGUUGUCCUCAAUAAGCCAGUGCCAACAGAACCGCUCUGGGGGAGAGCACUCUAUCUGCUACAUGGGGCCUCCCAAAUCAUCUUC